GUCACAAGGAGCUGCACACAACUGAGCAACUAACACUUUCAUAACAAAGAAUAUGAUUCUUAAAACAGAUUCUUGGAGACACUGCAUUAACAAAUAUCCAUUGUAUUAUCCCUAGAGCACUGUUGGAGAAAGGAUAUACACAAUAUGGGAAGAACCAAUGAUUCCGUGUUGAGAGAAUUUGUCCUGACUGGGCUUUCUGCUCACCCAGAGCUCCAGACAGUUUUCUUUGUGUUAGUUCUGUGUAUGUACUUGAUGAUCCUGCUGGGAAAUGGAGUCCUUAUCUCUGUAAUCAUCUGUGAUUCUCAUUUGCACACCCCCAUGUAUUUCUUCCUCUGUAAUCUUUCCUUCCUGGACAUUUGCUAUACAAGCUCCUCUGUCCCAUUAAUUCUUGACAGUUUUCUUACAGUAAGGAAAAGGGUUUCCUUCUCUGGAUGCAUGGUACAAAUGUUUCUCUCUUUUGCCAUGGGAGUCACAGAGUGUAUACUUCUAGGCAUGAUGGCACUUGACCACUAUAUGGCCAUCUGCUACCCACUGAGAUACCCUGUCAUCAUGAGAAAAAGUGCUUAUGUGCCCAUGGCAGCUGGAUCCUGGGCUGCAGGUAUUGUUGACUCAGUGGUGCAGACAACUCUUGCAAUGCAAUUACCAUUCUGUGCUGACAAUGUAAUUAACCAUUUCGUUUGUGAAAUUCUGGCUAUCCUAAAAUUGGCCUGUGCUGAUAUUUCAAUUAAUGUGAUCAGCAUGGCAGGGUCAAAUCUGGUUGUUCUAGUUAUUCCAUUGCUAGUAAUUUCCAUCUCUUACAUUUUCAUUGUUGCCACUAUUCUAAGAAUUCCUUCCACUGAAGGAAAACGUAAGGCCUUCUCCACCUGCUCAGCCCAUCUUACAGUGGUGAUUGUAUUCUUUGUAACAAUCUUCUUCAUGUAUGCUAAGCCCAAAUCUAAAAGCUCCGGUGGUACAGAUAAUCAAGACAUCAUUGAGGCCCUCAUCUCUCUCCUCUAUGGAGUGAUGACCCCCAUGCUCAAUCCUCUCAUCUAUAGUCUGAGGAAUAAGGAUGUAAAGAUUGCUGUGAGGAACAUGCUGCAUAGGAAAAACUUCUCUGAUGGAAUAUGAGUAAUGAUUUAUACUAUGUAACUCAGAAUUCAAAGCUGCUGAAGACACAAAAUUCAAAUAGAGAAGAUUACCAUGUGAAAACAAUUUCACAAAGUGUCAUUCAAAACUGUAAGAUUUUGUAAAUAGUGCUACAAGAUCACUGAACUGCAACUGUUGCUUCAGGCCAUGUUUUUCUCCAGAUAUAUGAUGAGGAAUGUGAUGGCAAGAUCAUUCAGUUUCAGUUC